AUGUCUUUGCAGUUUUCGUCACCUCUGUUUUUCAAUCAAAAAACCAACUUUCAUGAGAGAAGCACUGUUAAUAUCAAGAAGAAACCGUUAGUGGUGAAGGCUGGGCCAAAGAGAAUUGCUUUUGACAGAGAAUGCAGAGAGGGUUUACUUUCUGGCAUCAAUAAGCUCGCUGAUGCUGUUUCUGUAACCCUGGGUCCUAGAGGACGAAAUGUGGUUCUUUUAGAAUCGGAAACACUUAAAGUGAUUAAUGAUGGUGUUACAAUUGCCCGUUCCAUAGAGCUUUCUGAUGCAAUCGAGAAUACAGGAGUAGUUCUAAUCCAAGAGGUUGCAACUAAAACAAAUAAUUCAGCCGGUGAUGGUACAACAACUGCUAUUGUUUUGGCUCGAGAAGUGGUUAGAGCUGGGUUGUUGGCCAUCACUUAUGGGGCUAACCCGGCUACGUUGAAAAGAGGAAUGGAUAAAACAGUAAAAGAAUUGGUCAGAAUUCUGAAGGAGAAAAGCUUUGCUGUGAAAGGGAAAGAUGACAUAAAAGCUGUAGCUUCAAUAUCUGCAGGGAAUGAUGUAUAUGUUGGUAAUUUAAUAGCUGAAACUAUUAAUAAAAUUGGCCGUGAUGGAGUAAUAUCAAUUGAAUCUUCCUCGUCAUCUGAGACCUCUGUUCUGAUUGAAGAAGGAAUGAAGAUUGACAAAGGGUACAUGUCGCCUCAUUUCAUUACAAACAAGGAUAAAUCUCUAGUGGAGUUUGAAAAUGCUAGAGUUCUUGUGACUGAUCAAAAGAUAUCAACUGUGAAAGAUAUUGUGCCUUUGCUGGAAAAGAGCACCCAAUUGAGUGUUCCUCUACUCAUUAUUGCUGAAGAUAUUUCAAGCCAAGUGCUGGAAACUCUUGUUGUGAACAAAAUGCGAGGUACAAUUAAUGUUUCUGUGGUAAAAUGUCCAGGAUUUGGGGACGGGAAGAAAGCUAUAUUGCAAGAUAUUGCACUUUUGACAGGUGCUGAUUUUAUCUCUGGAGAUAUGGGCCUGACUCUUGAGAGUGUAACUUCUGAUCAGCUUGGUAUUGCACGAAAAGUAACUGUAACAAACAAUUCUACAACUAUUGUUGCUGACCCUUCUACUAAAGCUGAAAUACAAGCAAGGAUUAUGCAGAUAAAGAAAGAUCUUGCUGAAACCGAUAAUAAGUAUAUGGUGGAAAAGCUUUCUGAAAGAAUUGCAAAGCUUUGUGGUGGAGUUGCUGUAAUUAGGGUAGGAGCACACACUGAGGUUGAACUUGAAGAUCGAAAGCUAAGAAUUGAGGAUGCAAAACAUGCCACUUUUGCUGCCAUGGAUGAAGGUGUGGUACCUGGUGGUGGGGCCACCUAUAUACAUCUCUCAAAACAAAUACCCAUCAUAAAGAAAUUAUUUCAAGAUCCGGAUGAGCAGAUUGGAGCUGACAUUGUAACAAUGGCUCUUCUAGCACCAGCUAGAUUGAUUGCAGCUAAUGCAGGGGUGGAUGGUGCUGUGGUUGUGGAAAAGAUUCUAUCUUCUGAUUGGAAUAUUGGGUACAAUGCAAUGACUGGGAGAUAUGAAGAUUUGAUGGCUGCCGGUGUUAUUGAUCCUUCACGGGUUUUAAGGUGUGCAAUUCAGAAUGCUGUCUCGGUUGCUGGUGUGAUCCUGACUACUGAAGCCAUAUUGGUGGAGAAAACCAAAAAACCUAAGCCGCCUGUUCCUCAAAUUCCUGGCAUAACACCUUAA